AUGGAUGCGGAGGGCGGAAAUCAGGGGAUUGUGUCUGCCUUCGAUUAUGACGCACCCGUGGCAUUGACAUUCAAGGCUCAGGCGGUGCAGAGGGCAAAAUCCGAAAAAGAAGCUAAUGCUUUUAUUCAGAUCACAAAAGAGAAGACCAGAGCAAAGCGAAGGGCCAGACAGAAAGCAGAAAAUCCAGGACGGCAUCCCACACCUGCUUGCAACAUGGAAGAAACGACUGAGCUUCGACAGGCUGAAGAAAAUCGUGACAAGUGUGGUGACGCAAAGCUUGAAGCUGACAACCCACUGCCUGAGUUGGCGUUGAGCAAACCUAAGACUAGGAGGUGCCGCGUUACCAAGACCGCUGACAACGAAGAUGAGUUUAGACUGGCGGAUACAUUUGAUUUUCGGAAGUACCUUCCCAAAAACCUCCUAAAAGAAGAUGCUGAGGACAUAAGCUACUUGGAUGAAAAUGAUGUCGAUUUGGAUUUUGAAGAAGAGGAAUUGGGAAAUGCUAUAUUGGAAGGCGGGUUCGGUAAAGACCCAGAGGAAAGUUGCUCCGACAGUGACAAGCAAGGUAAGAAAAUGGCUUUUAAGAAGAAGCAGGAUAUCGGCUCAUCUGAAGCACCAGGGGUUACAAAUUCCGACUGUAACAAGAAGCGACGUCGACGUGGUGGCCGACGCUAUCACAAGAAGUGCUCCACUGCACCACGUGUCAUCAUUCUCAGUGGACAGGACACUGCGAAUGCUAUCCGCCGACGUGCCGAUGACUUCGUUAAUCAGCGUCUCUUUGGCAUAACGACAAGCGUGGGCAAACCACCUAGGGCUCCAAGGCGUAUGACUCCGCAGGAAAUGUCCCAAAUGGCCGCCAAGGUGAAGGCACGGAGACUCGCCCUCCGGGGUCUUUAA